CACGGCGGCCCCCGCAGCGCCUGACGCGAGUCGCGCGCUUUCAGCCGAAAGGCGGCCCCGGGCACGCGCGCGCGCGCCGCCGGUCCGGCAGGUGGGUCCAGCUGCCCACGCCGCCUCUCCAGCCUGCAGGGACUCUGGACCUUGAGGUCCGCAGUCCGCCCUGUGCCGCCGGGAGGGGAGUUCCGGGCUCGUGGGGAGGGCUGGAGACCCCGACGGCGCCUCCUAUGGCCAGAGGGGAGCCUCCGGCGGGAGCCACCUCUCGAGGGCGCAUCAUCCUGUGCCCCCAACCCCCGUAAGAGGAAGGAUCCAGAAUGGAGCUCAGGAAUUAGGAGUCUCGAGUGCUGUCCUUAGUCCCAGCCCGGUCAAGAGCUACCAGGGCUGGCAGGUCAUGGGGGAGCCCAGUAGAGAGGAGUAUAAAAUCCAGUCCUUUGAUGCAGAGACCCAGCAGCUGCUGAAGACAGCACUCAAAGAUCCAGGUGCUGUGGACUUGGAGAAAGUAGCCAAUGUGAUUGUGGACCAUUCUCUGCAGGACUCUGUGUUCAGCAAGGAAGCAGGACGCAUGUGCUACGCCAUCAUUCAGGCAGAGAGUAAACAAGCAGGCCAGAGUGUCUUCCGGCGCGGACUCCUCAACCGACUGCAGCAGGAGUACCAGGCUCGGGAGCAGCUUCGAGCACGCUCCCUGCAGGGCUGGGUCUGCUAUGUCACCUUUAUCUGCAACAUCUUUGACUACCUGAGGGUGAACAACAUGCCCAUGAUGGCCCUGGUGAACCCCGUCUAUGACUGCCUCUUCCGGCUGGCCCAGCCAGACAGUUUGAGCAAGGAGGAGGAGGUGGACUGUUUGGUGUUGCAGCUGCACCGGGUUGGGGAGCAGCUGGAGAAAAUGAACGGGCAGCGCAUGGAUGAGCUCUUUGUGCUGAUCCGGGAUGGCUUCCUGCUUCCAACCAGCCUAAGCUCCCUGGCCCAGCUGCUGCUGCUGGAGAUCAUUGAGUUCCGGGCAGCCGGCUGGAAGACGACACCAGCUGCCCAUAAGUAUUACUACAGCGAAGUCUCUGACUAGGCCACCAGAUCAGGGCUAACCUGCCAGCACCAGCCUUUCUUCUGUCCACCUCUGAAGCUGGCAGUGGAGUCUCUGCCCCUCCCAAAGACCUUCCAGACUUUGAGCUUCUUCUCUUCUAGACUUUCUCAUCUCCUGGGGAGAUGUUUCCCACUUAUGCCGUGGUCCUGCCCUGAGCCCCUUCCCCACCACCUCCCACCAGGGCCAGGCAGAGAAGGGUAGCUCCUAAGAGCCACUACACUGUAACCAUUACUGUAACAGCUACCUUGGUGCCUCAGUUUAUCUAUCUGUAAAACGGGUAAGCAUAGCCAUUGGUAGGAUGCAUUGGGAUAUCAAGGGGCAGAGGCAGAGCACGUCACACCAGAAACUACUUUUUAUACAUUUUGUACAAGGACAACUCGGGAAACAAGCCUAUUUCCUCCAGCGAGUUUCAAUGAAUGCUGGCACUGCACCACAUGCUAUACCAGGUCAGCGUGAGAAUUUUCCAAUAAAUCUUUGCUGAUACUAAAA